GGAAAAACAGCUUCCAUGGCAUAUUGUGUACAGGGCACAACUAGAAUGAGUGCUGCAGAAAGUUCUUCGGAGCACGGAGAGCAUGAUCAAUCAUCAAGCAGAAAGAACUUGACAAGUUCUCUUGAACAAAAGAUAAGGUGCUUGGAAAAACAGAGAAAAGAGCUCCUAGAAGUUAACCAGCAAUGGGAUCAGCAAUUUAGAAGUAUGAAAGAGUUAUAUGAACGAAAGGUCGCAGAGCUGAAAAUGAAACUGGACGCCGCAGAAAGGUUCCUCAGCUCGCGGGAGAAGGAGCGGCUUCAAAGUCAGAGAGAGAGCGACCGGCUGCACGACCAGACCCGCCAGCGGCUGCAGCUCGAGGAGAAGGAAAAGGAGAGCCUAAGUGAAGAAUUACAUGAAUUGAAGAAAGAAAAUAAGCUUUUGAAGGAAAAAAACACUCUUGCGAGCAAGAAGAAGGAACAGUAUGAAUGUGAAAUAAAGCGCCUCAAUAAGGCUCUUCAAGAUGCCUUGAAAAUCGAGUGUUCUUCAUUUCCGGAGGAUUGUUUGGGAAAAUCUGAACUGGAGUGCAGACAUAAGGAGAUGAGAACAGAAAUGGAAGUUCUCAAACAGCAGGUGCAAAUAUAUGAAGAAGACUUCAAAAAAGAACGAUCAGACCGUGAAAGACUUAAUCAAGAGAAAGAGACUCUACAGCAAAUUAUUCAAACUUCUCAAUCCGAGUUGAAUAGGCUGAAUUCUCAGAUAAAAGCUUGUCAGAUGGAGAAAGAAAAACUCGAAAAGCAGUUAAAACAGAUGUAUUUCCCAAUCUGUAACUGUGGCUUGAAUUUCCAUCUGUGGGAUCCAUGCACACUGGCAGACCCUGGGACUGCACAAGAUCUACAUAAGCACCCACCAGACUAUCAGUGGUAUGCUCCCGACCAGUUUCCGCCAGAUGUGCAGCACAAGGCAAAUGGCUUCUCCUCAGAAAAGAAAGUCAAUCAGUAGAAGCACACACACGUGCAGAGCGUACGGGCGGAGGGAGAGCUUGGCCGAGGGCCCUCAUUUCUCUUUUUCCCGUGGCUUGCGUCUGCACAACUGCGUACCAUCUACUCCAUUAUUUGUGCCCGGCAGUGUCUCCCUGUGGCAUGGAUAGAGGAAAAGACUUGUGACGGCUAAGAUCCUGAUCAAGUCUGAGAAGCCAGUGUGACACAACCAAACACAACUUCCAGUUUCCUCGGCAUGAGAUUGAGCAGACAGAUUAUGCGCCAUUCUUUGAAACUCUCUUCAGCAUAUCGCUGUCAGAUUUUACAGAGGUGAUUUCCCAAUUUCAGCGACUCCACUUUUGGUGCAGUGGUGUUAUAUGUUGAUUGAAAUAUGUAUUCCCUGGGGGAAAAGCAUCUGCAGGGGUAAAUUUGUAACAAUGCUCCCGUUAGUUGUAUAGGGGCUUGGUUCUUUACCCUGUUUGAUUAGAUACUGUGUUCAUCCUUGUUGGCCUCAGUGAACUUGUCAAUAGGACUGAAGAGGUGUAUAUACUUCCUGAAACUCAAUGAAUGGUUCAAUCUGAAUAACAUAUAAACUUGAAACUGUUCUUUAAACAGAUCAUUCCUUUAAGAUGAUGGGAAAUUGUGAGCCUACUUCAUUUCUAGGUGGACUAGAUUAUGAAAGAAAACCCUACUGUGAUGAUGAUGGUAUUGGCUGUGUUCAUAUACACGUCCAGUAGUAGUUCGGGGAUACGUGGAUUUGUAGUUAAAUCUGUUUUUUCUUCCUGUGGAUUUGAGUAAUUAUUGAUGAAAAACAUGUCUGACUUCUCGAACCUAUUAAAAUGGAAAAUGAAU